AUGAACCCAGCAAAUAAUGAUGAGCUUUUUAACGAAUAUAAGAGCUUAGAAGGAAAUUUGGUAGCUGAUGAAGAUUUGGUAGAUAAGAACGAAGUUUUUUAUACUUAUGAUGAAAAUUAUGAGGAUAUAAGUGAAAUAGAAAAUAAUAAUAAUAAUGAACCUUUGUUUGAAUUAGAUUUUAAUACGCUCACGAAGGUUAAACAAUUUACUCAACAAAAUACUUCUGACGAAGAGGAUGAAAAUAUAACAAGUGAUACAGAAAGUAAUUUUUCUGAAUCAGAAUCUAAUGAAGAACAUAAUGAAAUUAUUACUCAAUUAAAAAAUAAACAAGAAUUAAGUCAAUGUGUAAUAAUAGAUAUAUUUAAAGGUAAAAUUCAGCGAUGUAAUUCUACAACAAAUUUAAGAAGACUUUGGCAAAUGGUUGGUAUGUGGCAAAUUGAUGAAGAAGAGAUUAAGAAAAAGCAUUUUUCAAUUAAAAAUUUAGGCGUCUGUUAUACACACUUUAUGUUUGAUCAAAAUAAAUUACAUAUAACAAAUUUAAAGCAAACUAAAAAUUAUACUGAAAGUAUUAUUCAUUGUCGCCGUUGUUUAUUUUGUAACAAAAAUAAGUUUUUUUUUAGUCGUGGUAAAAAUUGUAUACAUCAUUCAUAUAUAGUUAUGGGUAAAAAUAUUCAAGUUCCUUGUAUAGGACAAAAAAAAUGUGGCGCUUUGCAAGAAUACCAUCCUCUUGUAAUUUCAACAGAAUCAAGUAAAUAUGCACGAUAUAUAUGUAUGGUGUGUUAUGAAAAAAAGGGUGGGUAUGUUUACCAACGUGUUGGACGAGGUGUAAAAGAAGAUCCAAACUGUGACAAUAUGUCACAUCAUGAAAAUGAUAUUAAAGAAAUAUUAGAAGCAAUCGGACAUUGGAUUCUUAAUAUUGCGACUUGUGAAAAAUCAAUGUGGCAAAAAAAAGUUUUAAUACAUUUAGUUCGUGUUAUUACUCAACUUAAUCAAGAAAAAUCUAAUAAUACAUCAGAUAUAUUAAUACCAUUGGCAGAUACAAAAACUGAAAUAUCUUCUUUAUUUAUUAUUCUAAUUAUUCUUGCUUUAAUGAAAUUUAAUUAUAAUUUAGAUAAAAAAUUAAAUCCUAAAAAUCUUACACCAAAAAAUUUUUUUGAAUUUGGAGAAGCAUUAGCACAUUCAACAAUACUUGCAAAAAAUGAAUUAAAACUUCAUAAAAAAUCACUUGAAUCACCUAUUUCUAUAGAAGAAUAUAAUGCAUCAUUUCCUUUGUGUUUGGUACAAUUUUAUAAUGGUCUUCUAGAAACUCUAUAUAAAACAAAAAAGAAAAUUAUAGACUGA